AUGGUGAUGGUGGUCCACGCCAAAGAUGAUGCCUACCUCGAUGCCGUCAUUCCCAAGGGCAUCCAACUCUUUGAAUCCAUAGAGGCCCAGCAACAUGCUGCUCGACUCCCCUCCGAUCCUAUCAAGAUUACAUUGCCCGACGGGAAGGUGGAGGAGGGCAAAAAGUGGAUAACUUCCCCUUUUGACAUUGCAAGUGAGAUUUCAAAGAGUUUGGCUUCCAACGCUUUGAUUUCUGAGGUCAAUGGGGUUCUAUGGGACAUCAACAGGCCUUUGGAGGGCGAUGCUGAGCUUAAGAUCUUCACAUUGGACUCAUUCGACGACAAUGUGGAUGUCCGGCAUACCUUCUGGCACUCCAGCGCCCACAUUAUUGGGCAGGUGAGCGUAAGGGUUAGAGUCCUACUUUUAAGAAUUCUGAUAUCUAUGUUGGUUCAUCCACUCCACUCCACCUAUGUGAAUGAAUUGUAA